UUUGUCUGGUGUUCCUCCACUGAGAUUAAGAUGACACUGUGAUAUUCAGAGACAAAGGAACAGGCAUCAUUCAACUCUAAGCACAUCCCCCUCCAUUUACUGAACUCUUCAUAAAUACCAGGGCUCUGGACCUCGCUUCUCAUCUGAACUUUUGAUCAUUGCCUUCAUUGGAUCCUCCAACCAGAGCUUCACCAUGAGGGUCAUUUUCCUUGCCUUUGCAGUACUCCUGCUGUACAUCGUGGCCACAGAAGCCUAUCCGUAUCCAAGCAAAGGCAAAUGCGGCGCUCACUGUCAUCCUGGAUAUUGUCAAAAACAUUGUGCCCAUGGUGUAAAUGCUGCUGCAAACUGCGCCUGUGCUGCCCAAGGAUAUGGAUAUCAGUGCUGCCUCCCACCGCCACCACCUCCUCCACCUCCUCCUCCUCCACCACCACCUCCUCCACCACCACCGCCACCGCCACCACCACCUCCUCCUCCACCACCACCACCACCGCCACCUAAAAAACAUCACUGGGCACCACUACAGCCUCACAAAAAAGGCUGAGCACCUGGAGAAUCAAUGGAGAGGCAUGGCAUGAUAUGUCCUAGCCAUUUUGUCAGCAGUAGAUAAAUAAAUGUUUCUCUCCUUUUAAUAAAUAAAAUUAAGUUUGGUAAAAACUCA